AUGAGUUCUUUCUUCAAGAAGCCCUCGUGGGCGAAGCAAAUAGAAACCGAUACUGAGUUUUAUCAGCGCUCCGGACAGACCUACUCUGAUAUCAUUGCGGCACAUCGAGAAGCGCAUCACAACCCGAAGAAAACGCAACCCCCCGAAGAGGAAUCGACAAAGCGGCGUCGAAUCUCUGAACACGAUGAAGAGGUCGAACACAAGCUAUCAAGUCCAGAUAUCGGGGGACGCAUGUCGAGCCCACGGCCCUCGAGCUCUCCAAAUAACUCGCCGGAACCAAUUGACCAUGAGACCUCCCAAAGCCACAGCCCAGAGAUCACUUCGUUUGUGUCCCCUGCAAAAGGCAUUACUUCCGAAGCGCCAGCCUCUCAACACGUCCCAAAUAUUUUACCUGACCCUAUUUUCUCAAGACCUCGUCUGGCCCAACCAAGUCCACCGAUUGAGGACCCGAUUGUGCAUAUUGUGAUCUCAUCAGAAAUUGAGAAUACGACACCACUGCUUGUUCAACGCAAGAUGUCACAGGGCUUAAAAGAGGUGCGUUUGGCAUGGUGCAACCGCCAGGACUUUGCGCCAGAGACACACUCAUCGAUCUAUCUGACCUGGAAGGGCCGUCGGUUGUUUGACGUGACAACUUGUAGGAGUCUUGGACUUCAUGCUCGAAGGCCCAUGGCGCUUCUCGGUGACGAUGACCCUCUGGCCGAACAGGAACCCUUCCGCAUUCACUUAGAAGCCGUUACUGAUGGGUCUCUAUUGACCAACCGACCGAGUGUGUCUGGUAACCAGCCAAAACCAGCAGUAGUUGCCGUGGAAGAUGAACAGGGCGAGCCAAUAAAGCUGAUUUUGAGAAGUCCUGGAUUCGAAGACUUCAAGAUCAAAGCCCGGCAGAAAACCCCAAUCUCGCGACUCAUCUCUGCCUUCCGAGAUAAGCAGAACAUUCCGCGGGAUCGUUCUCUUACCCUUGUGUUUGACGGUGACAAGCUGCCUCCCGAUUCCUGCCUGGGUGAUCAUGACAUUGACAAUUUAGAUCUGGUCGAUGUCCAGAUCCAAAGAGUCGCCUAA